CAAAACUCAUUUAUAGAAGUAAAUUUUCUGCAUUGCUGUAUACAGCUAGCUACUCACUACUACUGGCCAAUACAAUACUGCGGUGGAUCCAUCUCCAAGUCUACAGAAAUAGCCUCUAGGUAUUAAGUUUCUGUGAGCUGACUGUAUUUCCAUUAACUGCAUCCUCUGACAGCUACAGACAGAGAUGAGCAUAUCGAGGAAGUUACUUGUCCCCUCAAUAAUGCGAAGGAUGGUGAGACUGCUCAGUACUACUGGAUCUUUGUCAGAACAACAGCAGCCAUUGUUUAUUGGACGACGUGAGGAGCCGUUGCCAUGCUACACCAAGCUGAAGGAAAAGAAUGGACCAAUCGGAUUGAAGGGAGCAUACGGAGAGAAUAUUGAUGGACACAGUCUUUUCACACACAAAGAUAACUUCACCUUCAAACAUGGCGGAGUCAUUCCAUCUCUGAAUGUGGCGUAUGAGACAUGGGGGGAGCUCAAUGAAGACCGAUCCAAUGCUAUCCUCGUCCACACUGGGCUGUCGGCUUCUGCACACGCUAGGAGCAAUCAGGACAACCCCGGUCCCGGUUGGUGGGAAAAGUUCAUUGGACCUGGCAAAGCAUUGGACACAAACAAAUUCUUCAUUAUCUGCUCAAACAAUCUGGGUGGUUGCUAUGGCACCAGCGGCCCCAGCUCCGUCAACCCCCUCACGGGGUCAGAGUACGCUAUGACGUUUCCUAUAUUAUCGGUGGAGGAUAUGGUACACUGUCAAUUCCUUUUAUUAGAUCACCUAAAAGUGGAGAGACUGCACGCCUCAGUGGGUCCGUCCCUGGGAGGUAUGCAGAGCCUCAUGGCCGCUGCACUCUUCCCACAGCGAGUUGGACGUGUUGUCACCAUAUCGGCGUGUGUUCGGACACAUCCCUCUUCCAUCGCCCUGCGUUACGUGCAGCGACGUAUCCUCAUGUCCGACCCAGACUGGAACCAAGGUCGUUACUAUGGCAAUAGCUUCCCCAGGGUCGGUAUGCAGCAUGCUAGGGAGGUGGGCACCAUCACUUAUCGUAGUGGACCUGAGUGGUUGGAGAGGUUUGGACAUCAGAGAGCAAGUCCUGACUCAGCUCCUGAUUUCUGUCCAGACUUCCUCGUGGAGACCUACCUGGAGAACCAAGGAGAAAAGUUUUGUGAAGCCUAUGACCCUAAUUCCAUCUUGUACAUCUCCAAGGCGAUGGACAUGUUUGACAUGGGGGCGGGGCACUCGUCGUUGUUAGAGGGUGUGGCUAGAGUACGAGCCCCUGUCCUUGUACUAGGGGUCAACUCUGAUGUACUGUUUCCAGUAGAGCAGCAACGACAAAUGGCAACCUUGCUCAAGGAAGCUGGGAACAACAGUGUGACGUAUUACGAGUUGACCUCCAUAUAUGGGCAUGACACUUUCCUACUGGACGUCAACAAUGUGGGGGCGGCAAUGAAGGGUUACCUGGAGUCAGAGGUCCACUGAGGAACACGUACUGUGUGGUGUUUGCAUCUAAUGUAGGUGAUUGGCAUUAAGAUAUAUUUUUGUGACUCAAACAACAUUAUUUUUACGCAUGUUAUUAUCUCUCUCAAACAUGCCACAUCCAAGUUAUUUUUCUGUGAAUUAAUUUGCUAUAUAUCGAAUCAUGUGAUAUAAUUAUAUGAAA